AUGUCGACUUGUGCCUUUUACAAAUGGAUCAAAUCUCGAGAUUCGUCCGAUAUUAAUGAACUUUCCAGUAAAAUCGAUGAAUCCCAAUGUCGUUCACCUCCGUCAACGUUUCAACUCAACAAACGAAAAUCUAGUUUCCGAAGAAUUCUCAAAAAUCCCGUUCGACGUCUGAGCUUGAAAGAUAAUAGUAUCAUCAAAGAUGCGAAAGUCACCAGUCCUACAGACUUAAUCGCUAGCGCAAACACAAUUUCGCCGGAAGAUAAUCAUCACACAGAUCCUGUGCAUAAACGACCACCGUUGGCUUUCAAUUCAGCAAAUUCCAGAAAAUUGAAAGCAUUUACGUUCGCAGAUACAGCAGAUUUGACGUCAUAUCCUGAUGGAACGAAUCCUUUGAGUAAAUCAAUUGAUAACGAUGGCCUCACUGGUUUCUACAAAAUGACAGAUUCAUCAUCAUCAUCCAACGCUGCACCAAUCAUUUCGCCAGUAGAUAACGUAGAAACUGCUUGCAUUGAAAUCCCACUAUCUCUUGAUAUACAAUCACAACUUAAAUUAACAAAUGGUGGAGAUUCACUUUCUCCACCAGCUAUCAGGUGA